UCUACCGCCUGGCAGGCGGCCUGGCCCGGCCCCUUCUCUAAGGAAGCGCAUUUCCUGCCUCCCUGGGCCGGGCUGGAUGAGCCGGGAGCUCCCUGCUGCCGCCAGUAAUACCCCAGCCUCCAUCGGUGUCCCUGGGCCAGGACUGCUGCCACCACUGCCGUCCACGGGAGCCCAGCGCCCCUCCCCACCCAUCCAGCAGCCAGAGACCCCGGCCCGGCCCUGCGUCCCUGUGCCCACUUCUCCUGACCCCUCAGCCGCCACCUCAGAAGGCUGGAGCAGGGACGCCGUCGCUCCGGCCGCCUGCUCCCCUCGGGUCCCCGUGCGAGCCCACGCCGGCCCCGGCGCCCGCCCGCAGCCCUGCCCCUGGACACCGGAUAAGGCCCAGCGAUCAGGCUCCUGGGUGGACAGCAUGGCCCGCGGCAUAUUCCCCCUGGUUGUCACCCUGCUGCUGGCCGGCUGCAGCCUCAGCCCCACAGGUCUUGCAGAAACCAUCCAUUGUGACCUACAGCCUGUGGACCCCGAGAGGGGCGAGGUGACAUAUACCACCAGCCAGGUCUCUGAGGGCUGCGUGGCUAAGGUCCCCAACGCUAUACUCGAAGUCCACGUCCUCUUCCUGAAGUUCUCAAGGGAGGUGUCGCAACUGGAGCUGACUGUCCAGGCAUCCAAGCAAAAUGGCAGUCGGCCCCAAGAGGUGCUUCUGGUCCUCAGCACAGACAAGAAUGUCUUCCUGCAGCUGCAGGCCCUGGGAAUCCCACUUCACCUGGCCUCUAACCCCAACGUGUUUCUCACCCAAGAGCUCCCUGGAGUCAACACCACACAGCUGCCCCCCUUCACCUCCAAGAGCCAGAUCCUGGACUGGGCAGCUGCACAGGCCCCCAUCACCGCUGCUGCUGAGCUGGACGACCCCCACAGCAUCCUCCUCCGUCUGGGCCAAGCCCAGGAGUCACCGUCCUACUGCCUGCCGGAAGCCCGCCGCGACAUGGGCCGCACGCUCGAAUGGCAGCCGCAGGCCCCGGCCUUGGUUCGCGGCUGCCGCCUGGAAGGCGUGGCCGGCCACAAGGAGGCGCACAUCCUCAGGGUCCUGCCGGGCUCCUCCGCCGGGCCCCGGACAGUGACAGUGAAGGUGGAACUGAGCUGCGCGUCUGGGGAUCCCGACGCCGUCCUCAUCCUGCAGGGUCCACCCUACGUGUCCUGGCUCAUCGACGCCAACCACAACGUGCAGAUCUGGACCACUGGCGAGUACUCCUUCAAGAUCUUUCCAGAGAAGAACAUCCGUGGCUUUGUGCUCCCAGACACACCCCAAGGCCUCCUGGGGGAGGCCCGGAUGCUCAACGCCAGCGUCAUAGCGUCCUUUGUGGAGUUACCGCUGGCCAGUGUCGUCUCGCUGCGGGCCCCCAGCUGCGACGGUGGCCUGCCGACCUCACCUGCACCAGUCCAGACCACUCCUCCCAAAGACACCUGCAGCCCAGAGCUGCUCAUGUCCCUGCUCCAGCCGAAGUGCGCCAAUGACGUCAUGACUCUGGUACUCAAGAAAGAUCUUGUAGCGGCUCUGAAGUGCACCAUCACCAGCCUGACCUUCGGGGACCCCAGCUGCCAGGCUGAGGACAGCAAUGACCAGCUUGUGUUGCGCAGCACCUACUCCAGCUGUGGCAUGGAAGUGACCGCACAUGUGAUCAGCAAUGAGGUGGUCGUCGAUUUCCCGUCGAGCUCAUCACCACAGCAGAAAAAGGUGCAGUGCGUCGACAUGGAAAGCCUGUCCUUCCAGCUGGGCCUCUACCUCAGCCCGAACUUCCUCCAGGCCUCCAGCACCAUCGAGCUGGGCCAGCAGGGCUUUGUGCAGGUGAGCAUGUCCCCAUCCGUCCCUGAGUUCGAGCUCCAGCUAGACAGCUGCCACCUAGAUUUGGGGCCUGAGGGGGACACCGUGGAACUCAUCCAGGGCCGGGUGGCCAAGAGCAGCUGUGUGAAUAUGCUGUCCCCAAGCCCUAACGGUGACCUGCGCUUCAGCUUCCUCCUCCGCGUCUACAUGGUGCCCACACCCAUGACUGGCACCCUCAGCUGCACAAUAGCCCUACGUCCUAGGACCUGGUCCCAGGACGUGCACAGGACUGUCUCCAUGCGCCUGAACGUCAUCAGCCCUGACCUGUCUGGUUGCACAGGCAAAGGCCUCCUCCUGCCCGCCGUGCUGGGCCUCACCUUCGGCGCCUUCCUCAUCGGGGCCCUGCUCACCGCCGCGCUCUGGUACAUCUACCUGCACACGCGUCCCCCCAACAAGCGGGAGCCCGUGGUGGCGGUGGCUGCCCCGGCCUCCUCAGAGAGCAGCAGCACCAACCACAGCAUUGGGAGCACCCAGAGCACCCCCUGCUCCACCAGCAGCAUGGCGUAGCGCCGGCCGGCCAGCCCUCACCCAGCAGGACAGACUGAACAGCCACCAGCUGGGAGCCACUGGCCAUGAACUCGCCCCGGGAGCUGAGUCCUCCAUUCUGAGGAGGGAGCAAGUUGUCUGCGCCCACCCUUCCCGCCUCCCUCUCAGAGGCCUGCUGCCAGUGGGGGUCCCCCACUCCACCCCACAGAACCUUCAGUCCAGUGGCUCUGGGAUAUGGCUGCCCAGGACCAUGGAGAGAGGCCACUUUCCAUGUUGUUGGAGGAGCCCAAGUCCCUGUCACUGGACCUGGAUGUGGCACUGGUGAACUAGGCUGGGCGGGAGAGAACUCAGAACAGGCCCAGCCCAGCCCGACAGCGCCUCCCCCACGGGAACAGAAGAGGGCCCAGCCCAGAGCCACCUGGAUCUGUCCCAGCGGCCCCCACGCCUGGACUGGCACAACUGUGCUGUGGGAGACAGUAGCCUUGGGGGGCCCAGCCUGGGAGCCCAGGGGUGACAAGAACAGUGCGGGUGGGAGAGCCACACGGAGACCCCCCCCUGCCCUUCAGGCAGGCAGCAGGUGGGGAGCGGCCGGGCUGCUUGUCCUGAGCCCACCCCUGCAUAUCCCCCACCAAUAAAUCAGACCACAAAACCA